CCUCGCCGCCGCGGAGCGCUCGGGUGGCGGUGCGGAGGCGUGGGCGGCCCCGGCGGGCUGCGAGGGGAGGAUGCCGCGACCGCCAGGCCGGGAGAUGGACUCGGUGGUCUUUGAGGACGUGUCUGUGAACUUCACCCAGGAGGAGUGGGCUCUGCUGGAUCCUUCGCAGAAGAAACUCUACAGAGAUGUGAUGCAGGAAACCUUCAGGAACCUGGCCUCUGUCGGAAAUACAUGGGAAGACUGGAAGAUCAAAGAUGAGUUCAAAAUCCCAGGGAGAAAUCUAAGAAGUCAUAUGGUGCAGAGACUCUGUGAAAGUAAAGGUGGUCAGUCUGGAGAAACUGUCAGCCAGAUUCCAAAUGUCAGCGUGACCAAGAAAACUUCUGGAGUAAAACCGUAUGAAUGUAACGUGUGUGGAAAAGUCUUCAUGCUUCAUUCAUCCCUUACGAGGCACAUCAGAUCUCACCCUGGACACGAAUUCUAUGGAUGUAAGUAUGGAGACAAGCCUUACAAAUGCAAAGAGUGUGGGAUCACCUUCAGUUAUCUCAAAUCCUUUCAAAGACAUGAAAGGACCCACACUGGAGAAAACCCCUAUAAGUGUAAACAGUGUGGAAAAACCUUUAUAUAUCACCAGCCCUUUCAGACACAUGAACGGACACAUUUUGGAGAGAAACCCUAUCAGUGUAAGCACUGUGGCAAAACUCUCAGAUCUCCUAGUUCUCUUCGAAUUCAUGAAAGGAUUCACACUGGGGAGAAGCCCUAUGAAUGUAAGAAAUGCGGGAAGGCCUUCAGCUGUCCCAGUUCUAUUCAAAUACAUGAAAGGACCCACACUGGGGAGAAACCCUACAAGUGUAAGGAAUGCGGGAAAGCCUUCAUUUCCCGAACAACCGUUCAAACACACAUGAUAACACACAAUGGCAACAGACCUUACAAAUGUAAGGAAUGUGGGAAGGCAUUCAUUCGUCCCAGUUUUUUACGAGUACAUGAAAGAAUCCACACCGGGGAGAAACCCUACAAGUGUCAACAAUGUGGGAAAGCCUUCAGAUGUUCCACUUCCGUUCAGAUUCAUGAAAGAACUCACACUGGGGAAAAACCCUACAAGUGUAAGGAAUGUGGGAAAGCCUUCAGUGCGCGCCCAGCCUUUCGAGUACACAUGAGGGUGCACACUGGUGAGAAACCCUAUAAAUGCAAAGAAUGUGGGAAAGCCUUCAGUCGCCUCAGUUACUGUCGGAUACACGAAAGGACUCACACUGGAGAAAAACCCUAUGAAUGUAAAACGUGUAGAAAAACCUUCAAUUAUCCUCUAGAUUUGCAGAUCCACGAACGAAAUCACACUGGAGAAAAACCCUUCGAAUGUAAAGAAUGUGCCAAAGCUUUCAUUUCUCUCGAAAACUUUCGAAGACACACGAUAACGCACACUGGCGAUGGACCUUACAAGUGCAGGGAAUGUGGGAAGGCGUUCAUCUUUCUCAGUGCGUUUCGGACGCACGAGAGAACCCACACUGGAGAGAAGCCUUAUGAGUGUAAGCAAUGUGGAAAAGCCUUCAGUUGUUCUAGUUACGUUCAGAUACACGAGAGAACUCACACAGGAGAGAGGCCCUAUGAAUGCAAGCAGUGUGGGAAAGCCUUCAUUUAUCCCACAAGCUUUCAAGGGCACAUGCGCAUGCACACUGGAGAGAAACCCUAUAAGUGUGAAGAAUGUGGCAAAGCCUUUAGUCUUCGCAGUUCCUUUCAAAGACACGAAAGAACUCACGGUGGAGAGAAACUUUUUGCAUGUAAGCAAUGUGGAAGAGCUUUUGCUUUGUCCACAUCCUUGAACAAACACGUGAGGGUGCACCAUAGAUAGAAGCCCAGUGAACAUGACUUGGGGAACGUCCACGAUUCCAACAGAUACCUUUCAGUCAUGAAAUUCCCACUGUGGAACUGUCCUGUGAAUGAAAGUGAUCGAGGAAGCUAGAUGCAAGGUCAUUCGUGUUGAUGGGUCAGAAAAUGCAAAAUGUGUAACCAUGAGUCAGAAUAUUUUUAAACCAGCUGUGGUGGCACACAUCCGUAAUCUUGGUCGAACUGAGUCAGUGUAAUAAGGAAGUCCCCUUUGCUUUAACCUUACAAAUAAGUCCUCUGAUGCUCACCCAUCAGUCGUUGUAUCUUUUCCUGCUCUUGCUUCCUUGUUUCCAUCUUACAAAAUGCAGUGGUCUGGGCUGAGGCUGUGGCUCAGCGGUAGAGCGCUUGCCUAGCACGUGUGAGGCACUGGGUUCGAUCCUCAGCACCACGUAACAAAUAAAAUAAAGGUAUUGUGUCCAUCUACAACUAAAAAAAUUUUUUUUUUCAAAUAUCCACUGGUCAGCCACUGUUGCCUGGCAAUGAAAGACAAUUCAAUUUAAAACGUGUUGUGAUUUGUGUGUGUGUUGGUGCUGCAGAUCCAACCCAGGCCCUUGAGCAUGCUGGGCAAGUGCUGUACCACUGAGCUACAACAGCUCUUGACUUUUUUUUUUUUAAUAUUUAUUUUUUAGUUGUAGGUGGACACACAAUAUCUUUAUUUCAUUUUUGUGUGGUGCUGAGGAUCAAAUCCAGUGCCUCACACAAGCUAGGCAAGCUCUCUACCACUGAGCCACAACCCCAGUCCUUGACUUUGUCUUUGGCAAUAGGAAAUAAAUACUCAGUCUUUGUCUCAGGUUCCUGGCACAGAGUUCCCAGGGGUAUUAGAAGCACCUUUUUUAUUCAUGACAAUUUCUUUUAAACCAUAUUUGAGGGCUGGGGUUGUGGCUCAGUGGUAGAGCGCUCGCAUUGCAUGUGUGAGACCCUGGGUUCGAUCCCCAGCACCACAUAAAUGCGUGAAAUAAAGGUAUUGUGUCCAAUUACAACUAAAAAAUAAAUAUUAAAAAAAACAUACUUGAA